UCCUCAGUCUUUCAUCUCCGAUCAACACGUUUCCCCAUGGCUCCAGUUUCUCUCUCUUUGCUCUCUCAUUCGCCUUCAGUUCUUCUUCUUCCUUCUCCAAGUCUGCAACUCUCUUGCCCAAUCUUACUUCCUCCUAGAACGCUCCCUUCUUGUUCCUCUACUUCAAUUUCUUCUGUUUCGAUUACGUCUUCCUCGAUUUCGCCGCCGAAAGUUGUUGUUACCAGAGAGCGCGGCAAGAAUGGGAAGCUCGUUAGUGCUCUGGCAAAACAUGGAAUAAACUGUUUGGAGCUUCCCCUCAUUCAACACAGACAAGGACCUGACUUGAAUAGACUACAGUCUGUACUUAGUGAUUCUGUGUUUGACUGGAUUGUUAUAACAUCCCCUGAAGCUGGCUUGGUGUUCCUAGAGGCAUGGAAGGCCGCUGGAAUGCCAAAAGUCAGAAUAGGUGUCGUGGGAGCUGGUACAGCUAACAUUUUUGAGGAAGUGUUGCAAUCGUCAAAACAACAACUUGAUGUGGCGUUUGCACCUUCAAAAGCAAUAGGCAAGGUCUUGGCUUACGAGCUUCCAAAAUUAGGGAAUACGAAGUGCAGUGUCUUGUAUCCUGCUUCCACUAAAGCAAGCAACGAUAUCGAGGAGGGUCUUGCAAAUCGUGGAUUUGAGGUCACGAGGCUUAAUACAUACACUACGGCACCCGUUGAUUAUGUCGAUCAAUCCAUUCUCGAGCAAGCACUUCUGUUGCCUGUUGUCACUGUGGCUUCACCUUCUGCAGUUCGCGCAUGGAUCAAUCUUAUAUCAGAGCCAAAGGAGUGGGAAAAUUCACUUGCCUGUAUUGGGGAAACAACUGCAGCAGUAGCAAAAAGAUUAGGAUUGAAAAACGUUUACUACCCGAAGAAUCCUGGCCUCGAAGGGUGGGUUGAUAGUAUAUUGGAAGCAGUAAGAGCAGAAGCACAAGUCGUUUAGGAAGUCAUCUUUACUUCUUUUUCAGAGUUGCAGACGGAGACAAGAAUUGCUUGAAGUUGUGGAACAAAGCAUUCAACCAUUGUAUCAUCAUAUGGUAUGAUCACAGUCAAUUUGCCCGAGUUUCUAUUCGAGGUUAGUCGCUUUUCCAGUAGUUUUACGUUCAUUUAUCUGUCCGUCCAGUUCGAUAUCAGAUAAUUAAAUGACUCAUUGUCAUACUCUCUCUGUUGUUAAUAGAAUGUAAAUUCGUUGAAUAGGAUAGGUUCGUCGUCUAUUAUCCAAAUCUUCUUUCUUUUCUCUUCUUAAUUUCCAACUUUGGUUUGAAAUUUUUAGUAAA